AUGCCAGCUGUUGAAGAUCCAAGUAGUGACCAAAACUUCAUUGCGCAUUGGAUGUUGGAUAGUUCCCGUGCUGGAGUCUUAUUAGAUCCUAGUUCUAUUGAUUUGCAAAUCAACAAAGAAAACUUAUUGUCUGGACCUGAAAAUGUUACAGCUUUCCCUGUCGAAGUGUUGCAUCUUUCAGACAGCUGUUCUGUAAGCGAUGACUCCUUGUGUGAAGAGUCAGGCAGCUCUCAUACACUUCAGCAAAAUGCCACUGAAACAUCAUUUCCAGCAGCAGCAGCUGCCAGCAUGGAAACCUCUAAAACAAAAUUUGUCCAUGGUGAAGUGGAUGGUCAGAAUAAAUCUGAUUACAGUGAUCCACUAUUACAAAAGCUUGAACAGCUGAAGGAAUUGCAACAACAGAAGCAGGAGCAGCUAAAGAAACAACAGAUGGAACAACUUCAAAGGCUAAUGGAAGAACAGCAGAAGCUACUUAGCAUGGUUUCUGGUCAGACAGGAGUUUGUGACUAUACUCUAAGGGCUGAAAGUCAAAAGCUAAGACCUGGACAUUCAGCAGGCUUAACAACUUCACACCAGCUGCCAUGGUCUGGGUCUCGGAGUGCCUUUGAAGACAUGGUUUAUGCUCCAGUUGUUUCUCCACAUACGCAAGACAGUGAUUUUUCACAAAAGUUAAGCAACAAAGAAUACACUUCAUCUUUGAAGAACAGUCUUUCAGGAGUGUCUGCCUGUGAGAAGCAAAGAAAAAAUGUGAGGCGUCCGGAUCAGAAGAUGGAUAUGUUAAUGGAGAGUGAAGAUCGUCACAGGGACCCAUUACAUGUGGAAAGGGUAGAUCUCUCUGAAAAUUCCAGGGGAGGAAAACACUUAUGGACUUACCCAGAGGAAAGACCUAUUAAAGCUGCAAUUCAGGAGAAGAAACAGACGUUUGAAGAAUUCUUGGAAGAACAGAUACAACUGGAAGAGCAGCGUCUGGAGCAAAACCAGAAGUUACAGGAGACAAAUGGAUCAGCUGUUCAAAAACCAGUGAUCAAACGAUCCUUCCUGAAAAGAGGAGAAGGCUUAGCAAGAUUCACUAAUGCCAAAUCUAAAAUUACAAAACUUGAAGAAAAUACCUCCAAACUUGAACAAAGGGCUUUGGAUGACAGAAAUGUUAUUAAAGUGGACAGAUUACAAAUACAGAAGAAAAUUGUGUCUCCUGGCAUAAAACAGGUUUCUGAGAAAUCUUUUGCACCGUCUAAGAAAUAUAACCACCCUGUUAAAGCAAAACGUCCUACUCAGAAGACCCUGGGACUUGGGACUCACAAUGGGAAAAAUAACUUGCUAUUAGAAACAGGAGUGCAACCAGGAAAAAAUCAUGAUGGACAGAUGAAAAACUCUUUCCCAUCAGAAAUUAACAGAAUAGAAAAUAAAGAGAACACAGCAGAAUUUGCAAAGUCUGACAGUGGCAAGCCUGGAAACAAAUCACGUGGCACAGAAAAGCCUCAGUUGUCUUGUGAGCUGCCCAGUGCCUUUUCUAAUUCAAAAUGUCCUGUGGGUCACUCUGUAAAAGAUUCAGAACUCUCUUUUGAAGUUUCAUUUCAGAAUAAGCUGGAAAACUGGGAAAAAGAAAAAGAAAAAGAGAAUCUAGAAUUAGAUGAAUUUUUGUUUCUAGAACAGGCUGCAGAUGAAAUGUCUUUCUCAAGUAAUUCCUCAUUUGUUCAAAGGAUCUUAGAUCAAGAUCAACAAACUUUAAAAGGUCGUAGAAUGUCUUCUACCCCUAUCAAGGCAAAGCAGCAACAAGUGAAGGCACUGGCUGUUGAACUUACAAAUAGAAAAAACAACAAGGCAGACUGUGUGGCACAGGGAAAUACGAAUGACAGAACAGUUAUGCAUACAGUCUCAAAUUCAGGAACUGUAAGAAUGAAGGAUCAACUGAAUAAAAUGGACAGUGGAAUAUCUUCAGCUUCUUGUGUGACAGCAGCUCCUGCUUUAAAAAGUAAUCAAUGGACUGUAAACGAAGAUAAGGGUGAGGGUAAUAGUGAUACUACUACAGAUUCUGAGAGUGAAUUUGAGACCACAUUAAAGCAUGAAAAUGAAGAUGCUAAGACAUCCUUUAUGAGCCACAGAGAAAGUGAUCCAGAAUUUCUUGAUUAUGAAGGUCCUGUUACAGACAUCAGCAAAGAAAGUGAAAAUGGAGAUGAUGACCUUGGCUUAUCAGGCAAAGAUUACAGUGCACUGUCAAAGAAAACAAUUAGAAUAUCUUCAGACCACCAGAGAAGCAUGUCUUGUAUGAGUAAGUUUGAGUUUGAUGAUGAAAGAACAUGGAGUGAUCUAGAUGAAAAUUAUGUUAACAGUGAUUUACCUGAAAAACGUAACAAAAUACCUUUACAGAUGGACUUUUCCUGUAAGAAUGAUACAGCUAUCCCAGAUAAAACAAUAAAGAGAAAAGUUGCCUCAAAGAGGGGAGAUGAAACAUCCCAAGGGUCUGCAGUGGACAGUGAUUGGAAUGGACCUCCGGUAUCAAACUUGAUGAUGAAACUCUUUCCUUCACUGAAGCCAAAACAGAAGGCAGGCUGUCAUGUAGAGCAUGAAAUCAAAUCAAAUGUGGAACAGGAGCCAGGAGGAAACACUAUUCCAUCCCAGGUACUGAGAGAGAGACUCAUUGAACUUGAAACUGAAAUAGAGAGAUUCAGAGCUGAGAACAUGACUCUAACUAAACUCCGUGAAGAAAGAGAGCGUGCCUUGGCAAAUAUCAGAAAAGAAAUUGCAGACUUUCAACAGCAGAAAGCCCAAGAACUGGCUGAAAUAGAAGAAUAUAAAAGGAAGGAAAUGAAAAAGCUUCAAAAGGAGCGUAAAGUUUUUGAAAAAUACACCACAGAAGCUAGAGCAAUUCCAGAUAAAAAAGAACGUGAUGAAAUUCAGGCUUUAAAGCAGCAGAUUGCAGAGUUACAGGAAGAUCUAAAACGAAAGGAGGCAAAAUGGUCAGCCACCCGUCGGCGCCUGAAAGACCAAAUAGAAGCUUUAAUAGAUGAGAAUAUGGAGCUAAAAGAGGAAGUAAAAAUUAUGGAAAGGUUUCGUCUAGAAUCCUGGAAGAAAGUAGAAGCUGCUGGAAGCAAGAGGAAAACAGAAAAUUCUGGGAUGACUCUCAAAAGACCAGAAUCUUGUCUACCAAGUAGAGGCCCCAAAAGUCAAACUGCAUCUCCUCUUCUUCCAGUACAGAAAUGCAGCAAGAUAAAUGGCAGAAGUUAUCUGCAGGCAAAAGUAGGAAAGCUUUCUAAAACACCUGCAUCGGGACCUGCGAGUGACAGAAACAACUCUGAGACAAUGACAGCACUAGAAAAAUCCACCAGAACUUUUAUGGUAGACACUUCUAGUAAUGAAGUUCAUGUGUCACUAUCAACUGAACCUGCAUAUACAGAUGGGGAAGAGAUAGAGAGAGAAACUGCUUAUCCUGAUGGGAAGGUUGAAAAGGUUUUGAGAAAUGGCUGUCACCUCAUCUUUUUCCCUAAUGGGACAUGCAAAAAAGUGGGUUCUGAUGGGAAGACCACCACCAUAACAUUCUUCAAUGGGGAUGUGAAGCAGAUGAUGCCUGAUGGCACAGUGAUUUAUUAUUAUGCUGAUGCUAAGACUACACAUACUACAUACUUGGAUGGGUUAGAGGUCUUGCAGUUUUCAAAUGGACAAAUAGAGAAGCAUUAUCCUGAUGGCAAGAAAGAAAUUACCUUCCCUGAUCAAACUAUUAAAAAUUUAUUUACGGAUGGGCAAGAAGAAAGCAUCCUUCCAGAUGGCACUAUUGUUCGUAUUCAACGAGAUGGAAGCAAAAGUAUAGAGUUCAGUAAUGGCCAGAGAGAACUACACACAUCGCAGUUCAAGAGACGGGAGUAUCCAGAUGGUACUGUCAAGACUGUGUACACAAAUGGACAGCAGGAAACAAAGUAUGUCUCUGGGAGAAUCAGAGUAAAGGACAAGGAUGGUAAUGUUAUCAUGGACACAAAGGUGUAG